GAUAUCUCCGAAGACCGUGCCAGGCGAAGCAACACUCGGAAAAUACAAUAUUUUAGAAUCAUUGAUGGCGUUUGACAGCUGCACCUGCAACAUUUGUGCAUCGGCCAUAUGUGAUGCGAAUCAACGUCACGAUGUAUAACAGUCAGAUGCUUUUAAAGUGCCUCCUGCUCCAUUGAAUCAGUUAUUGUGCUGCGCACGAUGUGAAUUCGUAGUUCGUUCAAACCCGCCCUCAACUCAGCUUCCAAAAUGACGAGAUGCAUGGGAAAACCGAGCAAUGUGGUCCGCGUGUCAUUCUUCGCACUGUCUGCUGUCUGUCAGCUCGCCUUUGCUUGCGCCUGCACGCCCGCUGUGAUCUGGUGCGGGCCAUCGUUCGAACAUGAUGACCUGACGCCGCCGUUGAGUCCGAAGCUGACUCCCGACGGCGACGAGUUCGAGAAGUAUCUGUUGCAGUUCAACAUCACUGAAGUAAUAGUUUUUGACGAUCUGUGUGUUGAAGAUAUUCAGAAUAGUAAGGUGCUGUCAAAUAUCAAUGGUUCUAUAAUAUUUACUUUUUCGUGUGUUGCUCCGAAUGAAACGUUCUUCAACAAAUUUAUUAAAGAUACAAAUGAUGAUCAUGAGUUGAACAGUGUCCUCAAGGACAUCGAUUCGAGCGGAUGCAUAGCAGUUACCGGAAAACGGUGUCGUUACAGCCACGCUGAGAACAAUACAGGCGCGCGCUAUUCAGCAUUUGACAUUAUUAAAAAAAAAAUACAUAAGUAGUCAAAAUGAAUAAUCACUCUCUCUUAUAUUAAAAAUAAAUCACAGUUUGAAAACACUAUUAUUUCCACAUCACCUUGCAGUAGAUAUAGUAUGAUGGGUUUUUAAAGUAAUGGUUUCCUUUGGUAUUUCAAAAUUAAAAU